AUCAUAAACACUCUACUUUUCCUUUUUCAUCCAUAAACCAAAUACUCAUAAAUUGCAUUUGGAACAGAUAAGUUCUAUACAGAUACCAAAUAAUAAAAAUAUGCCAAGAAACUGGAUAAGAACUCUUAGUUGGUUUUCACCUAAACAUUCAUCAACAAGUGAUACUAAUACUCCAUCUACUUCACAACUCUCUUCUCCAUCACGUUUCUCGGAGGCGGUGAUCGAUCGGACGGUUGAGAUUGCUGAGCCGAUCAUCACGAAGUGGGACGCUGACACCACUACGUUCGCGAAAGUGACUUCUCUCUUCUACGAAAACAGAAAAGAAGCCAAGGAUUUCAUCAAAUGUGUGAAUAAUUUACAUAAAGCGAUGCACUUUCACGCAAGUGAGAAUUCGAGAUCGGAUAAACUCAUUCGUGCUCAAUCACUAAUGCAAAUCGCGAUGAAGCGAUUAGAAAAGGAGUUUUACCAGAUUCUAUCAAUAAAUAGAGCACAUUUGGAUCCUGAAUCUAUAUCCACUGUGUCUUCACGUACUUCUAUAAGUACUCGAUCGAGCACUUCUGAGUUCGAAGUUGAUCAGGAUGAUGAUGCUCGUGUUGUUGAUGCCGGUGAAUCUAUUUCUGAAGUUGAGGAUUUUUCUAAUGUUAUAAUGGCGGAUUUGAGAUUGAUAGCAGAAUGCAUGAUCUCUUCUGGCUAUACUAACGAGUGCUUGAACAUUUACAAAGUUAUACGUAAAUCGAUCAUCGAUGAAGCUAUUUAUAGACUUGGUGUUGAGAAAUUGAGUUCUUCACAAGUUCAUAAAAUGGAUUGGCAAGUUAUGGACAUGAAGAUCAAGGACUGGCUUAACGCAAUUGAUAUAGCAAUGAAAACAUUUUUUAAUGGAGAGAGGAUUCUCUGCGAUCACGUCUUUGCAUCGAACGAUUCAAUCAGAGAGAUGUGUUUUACUGAAAUAUCAAAAGAUGGAGCUAUGAUUCUGUUUAGUUUCCCGGAAAUUGUAGCGAAAAACAGCAAAAAGUCACCUGAAAAAGUGUUCCGUUUGCUCGACAUGUACACUUCCAUCGCAGAACACUGGCAGGAGAUUGAAGCUAUAUUUUCUUUCGAUUCGGAAUCUGUUGUACGAUCUCAAGCAUUAACAUCACUCAUCAAGCUUGGCGAGUCUAUAAGGACGGUAUUAACUGAGUUCAAAACAACUCUACAAAAGGAAUCCUCAAAGACGACCGUUGCAGGAGGUGGAAUCCAUCAUCUCACAGUCGAAGCAAUGAAUUACAUCACUCUACUUGCUGAUUACAGCAACGUACUCUCCGAUAUCCUCGUCGAGUCUCCACCUCCGGCGAAAGGUUCGUUGCCGGAAUCAUACUUCGAUAUCGCCGAUUCUGAUGAGUCUCCGGCACCGGUGAUCUCACUCCAAUUCGCUUGGUUGAUUCUCACUCUUCUCUGCAAACUCGACGGUGAAGCGAAGCACUACAAGGACGUUUCUCUCGCGUAUCUCUUCUUAGCCAACAAUCUCCACUACGUCGUCGUAAAAGUCCGUUUGUCGAAUCUCAAGUACUUGCUAGGUGAAAAUUGGAUAUCAAAACAAGAGGAAAAAAUAAAAAAGUUCACGUUGAAUUAUGAACGGCUAGGAUGGAGUCACGUCAUUGAAUCUCUCCCACGUGAACCAAAUGCUACAAUGGCUCCACAACAAGUGAAGGAGAUUUUCAAGAGAUUUAAUUUGUCGUUCGAGCAAGCUCACCGGAAGCAAUCUGUGUGCGUCGUACCUAAUAGUAAGCUCCGCGACGAUUUAAAAGUGUCGAUCGCGAGGAAAAUACUUCCCGUAUACAGAGAGUUUUACCAUAAACAUAGAGAUGUAAUAGUAAAAGAGAGACAUUCUAGUCAUGUGAUUAGAUUUUCUCCCGAGGAUUUAGGACAUUAUUUGUCCGAUUUAUUUUUUGGACCGGUUGAAACGGGAAGUUCAUCGUCAGUUCAGUCGUCUCCAUCACGUACAACACCAUCACGAUUGAGGUGAAGAGAAACAUAUAGUUUUUUCUUCUUUUGUUGUUAUCUCAAUGUAAUUAUGUAUAAUGCAUGAAUAUAUUAAAAGGUCUAUAAAUUGCACAAAGUUUUUUGGUGUGUUUAAAA